GUUGGUGAACCUGCAGGAUGAAGCACUCGUAUUUUGAUCGUUACGCGUGUUCAGAAGAUGCGGAAUUCUUUAAUUGUCAAGUGAGAAGAGAGGAAAAAUGGCGGAUGAAAAUGAGGAUCAAUGGUUAUAUGGAGAUUCAACUGAUGGAAAAGAAUAUACACCGACAUCCGUUCAACCAGAAAGCCAAGAAAAUGAUUCAAUUCCUGCUACAAUACAAGAAAAGUCAGAAAUCUUGGAAGAUCAGAAAACAGAAAAUGUUAUUGAUCCACCAACAGAGCCAUCUGAAGAGGCAGAACCACCAGAAGAAGAAUCUUCACCAACUAAUAAUAUUCCAAAUGAAAAUAAUACGGAAAUAAAUAAAAAUGGAAUAAGAGAAGCUUCCAGUCAAGAAGAUGGAGAAGCUGCUAGUGAUUCAGAUUCUGAUGAUGAUGUACAUGUUGUUAUUGGUGAUAUUAAAUCAACUCCUGCAUAUGGUAGUCUCAAUAUUAAAAGAGGAGGAUUGCUCACAAAUGCAUCAGGUGUACCAGAUAAAUUAAAUAAACAACCAGGAAAAUUUAGUAUAGAUGAAUUUGAAACUAUAGGAGUUAUCAAUGGCAUGCCUGCUCAUGAGUUUAAUUUAGAUCAAUUAGAAGAUAAACCUUGGAGACAGCCUGGUGCUGAUAUUACUGAUUAUUUUAAUUAUGGCUUUAAUGAAGAAACAUGGAGAGCUUAUUGUGAAAGACAAAAGAGAAUGAGAAGUGAAUCUGGAGUAGGUUUGAUAUUGAAUGCAGGGGGAGGUAGUGGUAAUGCAGGCAGUAUGAGAGUACCUCAAGUUGCAAUUACCAAUGAUAAUAGUAAAUAUUCUGGCAUAAUGGGACCAAAGAGAGCAGGACCACCUCCAGGAAGAAAAAUGGCAGGAACAAUAGAUGUAAUUGGUAGUUCAGGUUUAGCUUCAAGAAGAAAUCUUGAUAAAUCUCCACCAAAAGGAAAUGUGAUACAAGUAAUGACUGCAGAUAGGAGAGAAUAUUCUAGAAAACCAGGUUUUCCUGAUAUGAGUGUACCACCACCAGGAGCAGGAAUGCCUCCUGCAUUUGAUAUGCCUCCUCCUGGAUAUCCUGGAGAACCAGCUCCUUUUUACAUGCCUGAAACAGAUCCAUAUUAUCAAAGUUAUGAGCCUACACAAGAUAAUCAAUGGGGCAACGAUCCGACAUGGCAACCAACAAAUUUAACUAUUCCAAUGACAGAAGGGGAAGAUGAAAAAGAUACUGGUCCAAAAACAAUACCAACUAUGGUACCUCCUACAAAUAUUCCUCCUAUAAUGCCACCUAGAGAUUCUCGAGAUCGUGAAAGAGAUCGGGAAAGAGAAAGAGAUCGCGAUAGAGAAUUAGAUUCAAUGGGAAGGGACAGAGAAAGAGAUAAGGAUAGAGAUCGCGAUCGUGAAAGAGAAAAGGAUUCUAUGAUUAGAGAACGAGACAGAGAAAGAGAUUCAAUGUCACGAGAUGAAGAAAGAGAUCGUGAUAGAUCUCGAUCUCAAUAUCGACACAAAGAUCGACAUCGACAUCGAUCGAGAUCUCGGUCUCGUAGACAUAAAUCCAGGUCCCGAAGUCCAAGUCGGCGUAAGAAGAAAUCUAGACGUUCUGAAAGAGAGCGUUCUAAAGAAGAGAGCGAAUAAAAGAAAAAAUAUUUACAAAAUACCCGCGGCCACAUUGGCAUGCUGAAUAUAAAAUGCUGAGUCUUUUAAUAAUGUAACUUUUCAUAUGUUACUUUUCAGAAUAUACGUUGAUUAUUAUUUCAUAAAAUGAAUAGCAGAUGCAAUAAAUAAUUUGAUUUUACCUGAGACUACCAUAUAACAUACUCUGCAGUUCUCAUUCAUGCGUAAUCAGCAAUUUCUAGCCAACAAAUAAGUUAUAAACAAUAAGAAUAAACUUUACCUUUAAAAAUAUAAGAUGUUCAUUGUAAUCCUCAUAAAGAAUGCGUAAUAUUUAUAUAUUACACUAUUUAUAAUACAGGUACAUCUACUGAGAAAGCAAAAAUAAGGGAGAAAAAAAUUAUGCAGGAUACCAAAUCACUGAAAUUUUGCCAUUCAAUGUAUGGUUUUAUAUCAUAAUGUUAUUACAGAAAUGGUAUUUUAUAAUAAUUAAAAGUAAUAGUAGUUUAUUGGUAAAUCACUCGGGAGUGAAUCGAUUGAUCGAUACUCGUACCGACUCGUACAGUCGGAUAUGUAUUGAUCAAUGUGCACACAUGUUCUUUUUCUUUUUGUAAAUUUAAUUAUACCAUAUUUUUUGCAUCAAAUCUUCCCAUUUUUCAUUAUCAUUAAUAAUAUCAUCAUACAUAAUGGAAAAAAAUGUUACAUUUGUACAGCCAUAUACACGUUACAUUUAGAAUACCGUUAAUUCAUUAUCAUUUUUUUCAAGUGUGUAAGUGUGUAAAAGUGUUGUGUAAAUCUGAUGCAUUAGGUAUGCCUACGAAUGAGUAAAAUGCUAAUAAUCAAGACAAACUACCAGUAUGGCUACCUACGUUUUAAUGUCAAUUUUUUUUUAUUUUCGAAUAAUCGUCUUGGAAUUUUGAAAAUUUAAAGAAUUUUUUGAAUUAUUUACGAUUCUACUAAUAAAAAUUCAAAAGAAACAUAACAAAUAUUCAAUAAAAGCAAGAACGUAGAUCGCCCUACACGUAAAUUGUCUCGAAUCAUCGGUGUAGGAGAUGACAAUAAAUAUAUAUAACUUCUAAGAUAGGUAUUCCUUGAAUAUAUAUAAAAAAGAAAAAAAAUUAAGAAAAAAAAGACAAAACUCAAGCAACAGAAAGCAUACAUGUAAUUAUCAUAAUAAUUAAUUGCAUCUACUAGUUAUAAAGUUUACAAUACAAACAAAUACCAUUUAAAAAAUAUACUGUAGAAUAUUUAAUUCGAUUAGUCAAUCGCUUUUAACUUUAUUUUUUUAAAGGAGAGCAUUUGAAGUUGUAAAAAUGCAGUUAUAUCAAUACGGUUUGUUUCUAUUUUUUAUCUUUAAUAUUCUUUUUAUUUUAUUUAUUUUUUUAUUUUUUUUAUUUUUUUUAAUUUUUUUUUUUAAUAAACGAAAAAUACAACAUUCAAUACAAAGAGAUGUAUAAAAUAAUGGGAAAAUAAAAGGAAAAACAAAAAUAUAAAGAAAAACCGUGAACACUAACGACGAAAUAAGUUGAAAUAACCAUUUGAAUCAAAGAAAUCAGAAAUGCACUGGAUCCAAAGAGCCAAAUUUACAUAUGAUGACGAUCUAAAAAUGUUGAAUCGAAAAAUGAAUAA